UCUCUUUCCCAACAACGUGAACAGGGUGGCCAUGAGUACCCUCAGACUACAAAAGCGGUUGGCAUCCGCUGUGCUGAAAUGUGGCAAAAACAAAGUUUGGCUCGAUCCAAAUGAAACCAAUGAAAUUGCAAAUGCAAAUUCACGUCAGAACAUCCGGAGGCUUAUUAAAGAUGGGUUGAUAAUCCGUAAACCUGUCAAGGUUCACUCCAGAGCUCGUGUGCGUAAGAAUGUGAUCGCCCGUAGGAAAGGUCGACACACAGGAACCGGGAAGCGUAAGGGAACAGCCAAUGCGCGUAUGCCCGUGAAGAUCACCUGGAUCAGACGCAUGCGCGUGUUGAGAAGACUCCUGAAGAGAUACAGGGAGGCCAAGAAAAUUGACCGUCAUUUAUACCACGAGUUGUACCUCAAGUGUAAAGGUAACAUGUUCAAAAACAAGCGUGUGCUGAUGGAGCACAUCCACAAGAGGAAGGAUGAGAAACAGCGAACCAAGCUUCUCAGCGACCAAGCCGAAGCCAGAAGGUCAAAGGUGAAGGAAGCCCGCAAGAGGCGAGAGGAGAGAAUCGCCCAAAAGAAAGCCGAGCUUCUGAAGACGUUCGCCAAGGAGGAGGAAGCCCCCAAAAAAUAGACUGCUCUGACAGCUUGGAUUGUUGGUUACAUUGUACUAAUUUGUCUGGGGGGAAUAAAACUAUCAGCCGUCUA